UUUGUACUUUUGUGUAAAUCGUAAUGUGAAUUUGUGAAAUCUUGAUUUUGGGAUUAAUCUUAUCAAUAAUGUGCAUUUGAUCCUAGUUUCCGACAAAUGUAAUUUGGUGCUCGUUAUGGAGGAUUAUAAAUUUCUAUUUAAAGUUGUAUUGGUUGGUAACGCUGGUGUCGGAAAGACAUGCUUGGUGCGUCGUUUUACCCAGGGGCUGUUUCCCCCUGGACAAGGUGCAACGAUCGGAGUGGAUUUUAUGAUUAAAACUGUGGAGGUGGAUGGCGAGAAAGUGAAGUUGCAAAUAUGGGACACUGCGGGCCAGGAGAGAUUUCGGUCUAUAACUCAGAGCUACUACAGGUCUGCACAUGCACUUAUCCUGGUGUAUGACAUAUCUUGUCAGCCUACAUUUGACUGCUUACCCGAUUGGCUGCGGGAGAUUGAGGAAUAUGCCAAUAACAAAGUGCUAAGGAUAUUAGUUGGUAAUAAAACCGACAGAGAAGAUAGGGAGAUACCAAGGCAUAUAGGGGAGGACUUUGCACAGAGACACGGGAUGUACUUCCUGGAGACUUCGGCGAAAGAGGCCGAAAACGUGGAGCGGUUGUUUAUGGAAAUUGCUGUUGAAUUGAUGGAGCAAGCGAAAUGCAAGGAGUUGCCCAAAUACGACGGCAGUUUAGGUCCUAUAAAUGGAAAGACUACGUCGGUCGGCGACAGCUCCUGUUGUCUCCGGUCUUAAAUAUACGAAUUUAUCUCAUUGAUAUUAUUAGUGUUGUACAGCGUUUUUAUAAAGAGACCGGUUUAUCGAUAAUCCAAAUAGAUUCGAUUUUCGCAUCGUAAAAUAAUAGUAUUUUCUAAACAAUUUUAUCAAGAUAAAAUUUUCAUUAUUUGAUUCGCUUCUUGUAGGAUGUAGAUUAAAAAUUGUAGUGAAAAGUCUCUUUAUAAAAAUGUAUUUAUUAUUCGUAUUCGCUAGUGUUGUGUUGUCGACAUUCCAGUAGGGUUUAGUGUAAGAGCUAUGUAGCAAUAUCAUGAUUAGCAAAAACCAAGGAGACAAUUUUGAAAGCUACAGUUCUGGUUAAAAUCUUACUUAUCUUCAGUACUUAAUCAAUACAAUAAAAAUCAAAAACUUAUAAUUAACGUAACUAAUUGACAAUUAAUGUUUGCUUAUUGUUGAUUACCAUUUAGAUGAUAGUUGCGAAAAUGUAUAUUCGUGUUCAAUUUUCGUUAUAAAUUCGACCGCACGAAACGUCAAUUAACUGGAUUUACUCUUACUCUAUGAUUUAUUUAUUUUUUUCUGUUUGAAAGUCCGAAUUUUCAUUCAUAAUUUCUUGAGAUUGUUUAAAAAUUAUAAUUUUUGUUUAUGAUUGAUUUAUUUUUAAAUUUUGUAGUCGUGAUAUUGUAACAUAGUGUUGAAAUUAAUCAAUUUGCUGUUGCAAUUUUUGUUAUAAUUAAGUAGUUAUUGCAUUAGUUGCGUUGUGGUUAUAUUUAAGAAUUUCGUCGAUAUGUUGUACUAUUUUGUAGGUUAUAUUUUUGUGAAGCCAUUGCACAUAUACAUUGCAAGGUAAUUGUCACAUCGAAGAAGUUUUUUUUUUUAAUUAUUUUGGUAUAGAUUAUGUCUGAUUUAAUCUGUGAGAUAUUGGAUCUUCUUGGCUUGUUCAGUUGCUUUUGACUAAUGAAAUAGCAUCGGAAUAUGGAAAUAUGCAAUAUCUGUUACUCAAAUAACCUACAAGUUGUGAAGGAAUGUGAUCGAAAAAAUAUUUACAUGUGCAAUUAUACUUAUUAUUGUAUAAUAGAGAAAUAUUUUUAUUUAAACACAGUACAUUUGAAAGAUUAACUAAAAUGGGUUUUUAUUUUUAUAUUUUGGUCAAGUUUUACAUCACACAUUUAUUUUUUAUUUUGACAUAGGAAUUAUAUUUUUUAUCUGUGAAUUGUUAAUUUUAAGUGUAAUGCACGGUACACACUUGGCCAGUGGCGUUGGACAGUUGCGACGGCCAAUCAUUGAUUGUGUGGACUCACGGGCCAGUUAGCGUUCACACUAUGCCAGUUGAUUGACAGUCCAGUUAUUGUACGUUAAUGACCAACUGUACUGGCCAAGUGUGAACCGCGCUUAACAUUAAUGUUGUAUUUAUUGUACAUUUACAUGUAAGGUGCCUUUUUAUUUUUUUAAACACAAAAACGUAGGUUUAGUCGAUCUAUUCUCCCUGAAAUGUAACCCCUAGGGGUAAUAGGUGUCCAAGUAUACGCUUUUUAAAAAGUCUUAUGUCUUUGAAGUUUUUGUCAAUUUCUAUUGACUCUAAAUUCAGGCAGACCCAUGAGAUGUCGUACUUAAGUUAGCGAUUUUAAAGAUUCUUAUAUUCGUAUAUUUUUCUUAUUAUUUUGAAAUAAACAAUGAAUUUUUGGACAUCUAUAACCCUUUUGGUUAUAGUUCAGGGACAACUGAUGGAUUAACCUAAAAUCUAGUGUUGUGCACUUUGGUGUCAAAUUAAUAUUUUGUGAUUUAUUGUGACGUGCAAUUUUGUUGAAAUUAUAGCAAAUGUCAUUGUUUAAUGUUGCUUUAGUAUUUGGUAAAGUAAAGCUGUCUUAUUUCACAUUUAUGUAAAAAAUAUAUUAAACCACUCGUGUAAUAAAAAAUUACAGAUCUGAUGUAAAAUUGGGCUCUUUCAAACCGAUCGAUUCGAAUCACUGAUCGCUUUUGAAACUUCAAUCGAUUUUUGAGAUUUGCGAUUCUGGAAAAUCGAUUAGUAAUUGUGAUAUUUUUGUAAAGAAUUGUAAUAUAAGAGAGCUUUACCAGGAACUUGUUGAAAUGUUGCAAGAAUGACAAAUGCUGUUUACUAGUUAUUUGUUUAAAAGUUAGUUACAUUUUUUUACUUAAGCUUAAAAAGUCCAUUUACUUGCCACGCCAUGUUAAAUGUUGUAUUGUUUGAACUUAUAUAGUAAUAAAAAAAAUUUCUAACGUUAUCAUUGAUCAUAGAAAAUAAAUUCUCACCAAAGAAACUGAAUUAUUGUAAUACUCGCAAUAAAUAAAUGAACACUGAAUAUUU